AUGGCAUCUCCAAAAUGGAAGAAAUUGUACGAAUAUGCAGCAUGCGACCUCGCAGAUGGCCUACUCAAGCUCCACGUUCCUGGCGCAGGCUUUCUCGCCGACAUAAGGCCAUUGCUCCAUACUGCUAGCAUUCCGAAGCCUGAGCCGAGAAAGGUGCUUGCGCCUGCAUCGACCUUCCUCAUGGUCCCCAAAGCCACCAAGUCUUUCCCGACCCCACCACAGAUGCCAGGCAAUUUACCUGCCUCCAACCUCUCGGGUUCAAGGCCAUAUGCAGAUUAUACUGAGAAUGGCACCAUUGUCGUCAUCAGCCAGCCGCCUGGUCAGAGUUGCGCAGUGGUGGGGGGCAUAAUGGCGGCUCGCAUGCAGCAUCUUGGAGCAGAGGGCAUUGUAGUUGAUGGCCGAGUAAGAGACAUCACUGCUCUAAACCAGACGAAGUUGCCCAUCUGGUCCAAAGCGACGUCUGUGAUCGGGGCGGGGGCCGAGACAAAGUUUCAUGCGCACAAUGUGCCUGUGAAGAUUGGGGAGACAAUUGUCGAGGCUGGCGACAUCAUCAUGAUAGACCCAUUCGAGAACGGCGUGGUCGCGGUGCCACAGGCAAAGGUGGACGAGCUACUCGAGCUGCUGCCGAAGCUGGUCGAGGCCGAUGAGAAGGUUACUGCAGACGUCGGGAAUGGAGUCAGCGUAGAAGAAGCCUUCAAGCGGCACCGGGGUUAG